AUCAUGAGUCUUGAUCAUUGCAGGACAUUGAUCAUCGCCAAUGCUGGGGAUUGUCGAGCAGUGCUGGGUCGACGGGGCAGAGCAAUCGAGAUGUCCAAAGACCACAAACCGAACAGCACUUCUGAAAGGCUAAGAAUUGAGAAGCUUGGGGGAGUCAUCUAUGACGGCUACCUCAAUGGACAGUUGUCGGUCUCCCGUGCACUAGGCGAUUGGCACAUGAAGGGUCCCAAGGGGUCUGCAUGCCCCCUUAGCCCGGAGCCCGAGUUGCAAGAAACAAACUUAUCUGAGGAAGACGAGUUCUUAAUAAUGGGGUGUGAUGGCCUUUGGGAUGUGAUGAGCAGCCAGUGUGCAGUGACGAUAGUAAGGAAAGAGCUCAUGCUCCACAACGACCCCGAGAGGUGCUCAAGGGAGUUGGUCAGGGAAGCACUGAAGCGAAACACAUGCGACAACUUGACGGUUAUAGUUGUUUGCUUCUCCCAGGAUCCACCGCCUCGGAUCGAGAUCCCUCAGACAAGAGUUCGCAGGAGCAUAUCGCUCGAAGGUUUGAAUUUGCUCAAGGGCGUGCUUGAUGAGAACUCAUGAGCGAUGGAGGAUGGGAAUGAAUGGCCUUUGUACAGGACGUAUUCUUGAUGUCCCGCUAUCAUCGAGAAGAGCCUUGUUCAUGUUCCUUGGAAAUGCAGAACCUUAUGAUGCAAGCUAGAAAAUGUUGUACCGAUUUGGGAGAUGGUUCAUUGUUCCGAGUGGCUGAGAUGCAUGGCUUGCUGGCCUGCUGCCUUAAUUUUUGAUUUAUCCCUUGUACAUAAACAUGGAACUCAUUUUGUUACAUUUUUUUACUUCAAAUGUUGUACUGUUAUUUUGAUUACAUGAUGCUAUCACAGUUUCUUAGAGAGUUCUUUUCUGAUUUUGUAUAGAUCAUUGUUCUCAAAGAAUUAGUCCCGAUAGUUUUGGUCCAUUGGUUUGAUCCUUAAAUCAGUUUUGGAUCCCCUUGGCAAAAUGUAGAACAUAUUCACCAUUUCAAGUCUGUAGGCAAAUGAAUAGGGCCAGAAUUC